GAAUAUUAGUGAAGAAAAAGAUCAUAUAAGUAGUCUUGUGUCUGUAAAGAAACAAAUGAGAGAAGAUUUGAUUAUUUUAUUAAAACAGAUGGUAUGUCUGCACUUAGAAGAAAAUGCAAACAAAGCUGAAAAUCCAAGCAUGAUACCUUCAGAAGCAACUCAAGUAGCUGUUGUUUCAUCAUUAGGAAAUCAUUGA